AAUGAAGAUGAAAAUAUUGAAGACGAACCGCAACAGGAAGAAGAGCAAGAUGCUGAAUUAUUGCAUGACGCUCAAUCGGAUAUUGAAGACAAUGACGAUUAUGAAAUAACAGAUAAUUGGGAAAAGAAUCUAAUUCACGAUUUUUCUUAUCAACAGUCGGAAGAAGUAGAUCAAAAACAUAUCAUUUGUGUAUUGAAAAAAUGUCGGUCUCUAUGUAAAAUGAUUAGACGAUCAAGUAUAUUGACAUCGUGUUUUGAUCAAGAACGUAUAAAAUGUAAUAAAAAACGAAUCUUGAUGUCCGAUGUUUGUACCAGAUGGAAUUCCGUAUUUUAUAUGAUUGACAGUUUUUUACAUCUUAAACAAGUUGUCAUGAAUUUAUUUGAACAUAAACAUCGAUUGAAUAUUCAAAGUAAACAAAUGAAAAAAUUACAAAAAUUAGAAAUAUCAUCUAAUGAUUGGAAUAUAUUAUCGUUGCUGCAUGAUGUUCUUCAACCAUUUUAUCAAGCCACAAAACUGAUAAGUGGAAGUAAAUAUGCUACAAUUGGUUUGAUCUAUUUUGCUCUCUAUUAUAUCAGAUUAUAUCUUGAAGACGCGAAAGAUGAUGGAAGUACAACAAAAAGGUUAAAAAAAUUAUUAUUGAAUAAAUUUAAUGAAUAUUUUCAUAAUGAAUUCGAUCUAUCCUCCUCGUUUAAAUUAUUUGCCUAUUUGGAUCCGAUUGGAUAUUCUGUCUUGACGGACAAGGAAAAACAAUCAAUAGAACGUGAAUUAAAAUCAAUCGUAAAUAAUGAAACAUCUGAUAUAUCACCAUCAUCAAUAAACUUCAAUAAUAUAAUAACAACAACAACAGUCAAACUCGAUCGAAAACCACUGUCUGCAGUUAAUGCAUUUUUGGCAUCUGUCGGACAAGAAGCACAUAUUAAAGACAAUGACAAAGCGAAACAAUCAUUGUUAGUUGAAGAAUUAAAAGCGUACAAAAAAUUGGCGUCUACAUUCAAUGUACAACAAUCACCGUCAUCCGAAAGAUCUAUGAAAUUUUGGAAAACUCAUCAAGAAAAUUUUCCCUUGUUAUGUAAAUAUGCGAGACGAUAUCUGUGUAUUCCCGGUACUAGUGUACCGAGUGAAAGCGCUUUCUCUCUAUCCGCCUAUCUUGCACGGAAGCAGCGAGCACGGCUAAGUGCCGAAAAUUUAUCCUUUAGUGUUUUUCUUAAGGACAAAAUGGAUUAUGAGGAUGAACCAACAAAAUAA